UCUCAACUAUCAAAACAAUAAUUAUUAGAAGGUAGAAAGUCUGCUAUAUGCCCAUUUGCCAAACAUUGUGGAACAUAGGAUAUCGUCGUUUCGGCGACUCAGACGCAUUCUGACGGCAUAUCUCCAUAAUUAUCAUUCACUUUAAUAAAAAGAUCUGUAAUUCCACUGUUUACCUAAUUCAAUUCCAUCGAAUGACUAUAUUAUAGCAAAAUAUUCAUCUUUCACGGUAUUUUUGACUUGUUGGAAGCCAUCUUGGAGUCUGCUACCUGUUUUGUAAUACGCGAUCUGAUUGGACGAGCGUUUCAGGCUAUUUGGUUCCCGGCGUCUAUCGUGUUAACAACAAAAGAUGAGAACUGCAAAGCGGAACCAAUACAUUGUAAACAAACAAAAGCACAUGUUUCCUUAAAAAAAAUGUGCACUUUAAACGAGGAUCAACGAAACGUAGCGACAUUGGCUUUAAAAGGCCACAGUAUCUUUAUUGAUGGCUACGCUGGUACAGGCAAGACUUAUUUAGUGAAAAAUAUUUAUAAUGAUCUUACAAGCCUUGGUAAAAAUGUUGCAAUUACAUGCACCACUGGUAUUGCCUGCAUGAAUUUUGACCCAGCUCUUAAUGCCUCAACAAUUCAUAGGUGGUCUGGUUUGCAUGAUGGCAGGUACAGCUCAACUGAAGUUUUAGCUGUGGUCUCAAACAAUGAAACUACAAUGAACAGGAUCAAGCAAACUGAUACACUGAUUAUAGAUGAAAUUUCUAUGCUGAGUCACAAGUUAUUUGAUCAGCUGCAUAGUAUAUGUUCACUAAAAGAUGACAGGAAGGCAUGGGGUGCUAUGCAAAUUAUUUUGUCUGGCGAUUUUAACCAGCUUCAUCCAACACCAAAUAAAGCGUACAAUGAUGAAGGCCAAUUUUGUUUCAAAAGUGUGCACUUUAAGAAGUUCCAUAGACUGACUUUAAACACAGUGGUUAGACAAAGUGAGAAACAAUUUAUAGAUAUGAUCCGCAAAGUGUCAACUGGUAUGAACAUAUCUGAAGAUUUAUGCAGUUACAUUAAAACAUUUGAGAGGCCAAUUAACGAUGAAAAUAGUGUCAAACUUUUUUCUAAAAAUGAUCUGGUAAACAGAUAUAACAGGAAAUUAUUGAUGAAUCAGCCAGGAGAUAUAUAUGAAUACAAAGCUACAGACACUGGUGACCGUAGCAAGCUACAGAAUGUUAGAGCUCCAGGGAUACUAUGGAUUAAAAAGAACUGUCCAGUAAUUUUGAUUAGGAAUCUGUCCCAAACUUUGGUAAAUGGUCUCCAAGGCAAAGUUGUAACAUGUGAACCAGAUGGUCCAACUGUGCACUUUCCAAAAAUUAAAUCCACUCUGAAGAUAAAGAAGAUCUCUUUUACUGUUUUCAGUCCAAAACAGAAUCAGACAGUGGCCAACUGGGAACAGAUUCCACUGCUUUUAUCUUAUGCACUAACAAUCCAUAAAUCACAAGGAAUGACCCUGGACAGUGUACAUGUUGAUUGUAGGGAAAUUUUCCAACCAGGUCAGCUUGGAGUAGCUAUUGGAAGAGUACGCAGUGGAAAAGGUUUACAGGUUCUCAACUUCAGUCCUAAAGUUUGUUUUCCACAACCAGAAGACAUUACACUCUUUAAAACAGAACCUCCACUUGUGGUUUGUGAUGAUCUAUCAUGUUGCAGAAUAAGUAACAGCUAA